AUGGACGACACAGAUCCAACACGCUCUCCGAGGCACUAUGCUACUCCUCCCAGGGCCCGAAACUUCAGCCCUCCGGCGAGGCAACCGGGGAGUAGCAAGACGCCCAAACUAGGCGAUUUUUCGAGGAUCGGGCCAUCAUUCAUCUCGCCUACUUCAUCACCUCGCCCACAUGCGGCUGGUGAUCAGGCUACUUCCCCUCGUUCCCACUCGGCAUUUCCCUCUCCUCAAAGGACCAGGCGAGGCAGCCAACCAGUCUUCUCACGAGACCAGACGGCUUCGCUAGGCAAUUUCUCCAAGCUCCUGGCUGUUCUCCAGUCGCCAUCACGGCCUGCGUCUGCCCCUAAGAAUGUCUCAAAAGCUGUUCCCGAAAUCGGUGAACCGAAACCAUCUGCAGAUACUACGCCUAGAAUUACGAUCUUGAAAAGAGGCGCAGCCGGCCCGAGUGAUCAGGCCAGCCCUGCCUCUGGUCUCCCGCCUUCCCGUUCACCGAAUGUGGUGGCGGCCAUUGAUGUCAAGGCCGAUGAUCCCAUUGCGUUGCUUGCCUUGUCUCCCAACACUGAAUUGUCGUCUUCUCCAUCUGAAUUAGACAACACUUCAGAGUCGGAAGUCUCUGAUUACGAUGGCACUUCGGCUACAAGCCUCGCUAGCUCUCCGAGCCAGCAUCUUACGCCACAGAGGAAGGCAUCCGUCUCUGACUCUUGGAACUGUCUUAACAAAAAGCGAGAGACGAUCGUCUCUCCCCCUCAGCAACAGUCCUCAGCUACCAACACCCCCUUCGCCAGGAACAUCACGACUCCUCCGACCGUCUACCUCACCGACACACGCACCAAGGCUCAGAAACACGAGAGCCUCUCAGUGAAACUCGCCCGUCAUUUUGUUAACGAUUCGCUUACACAAUCGCAGUACCGCACUGCCGACUCAAACGCCGUCCACGUUUUUCUAGACCAUUCCAACAUCAACAUCAGCUUCCGCCGCGCCCUCCAGAGUAAGUUCGCCAACGGCGACUUCAGCGCCCGUUUCAACCCGUCCCCAGAGUUCAAUCUCGAGUUCUUCUCCGAGAUUCUCCUACGCGGCCGCCAGGUCCGCAUCCUCAACGCAGGCUGCUCCACCCGGCCUGACCACCCCCAGCCAGCCUUUGUCGACGAGCUCCGUCGUCUCGGCUACCACGUCGACGUCCGCGAGCGAAAGCCCGUCGUCGGCGACCCCAAGCCCCCCCACACAAGGACACACGCGUCGUCCAAGCAUCCGCGGAAGCGGAAGGCGGCCGGCGCACCCCAUGACGACACCCGAUACGUCGAAGACCUGGUCGACGAGACCCUGCAGACGCGCAUCGGCGAGUCCGUCAUGGAGUUCUUCCAGGACCAGGGGACUCUCGUCCUCGCGACAGGCGACGGCAAGCCGGCCAAGUACUCGGACGGCUUCUUUGCCUACGCCGACAGGGCCCUCCGCAUGGGCUGGAACGUCGAGCUCGUGUCCUGGAACCUGGGGCUGUCCUCCUCCUGGUCAGAUCCGGAGUGGACGAGGAAAUGGGGCCCGCGCUUCCGCAUCAUCCAGCUGGAUGAGUUCCUCGACGACCUCUGGGUGCCUGCGACCUGA